GUGUGUGUGCGUGCAUGUGUGUGCGUGUGUGUGUGUGUGUUUGAUCAUUUACUGUACCUGUGAAAACAUUGCAGGACCUUGGAGCUGUGUGUUUAUAAGUGAGAGCAGAGAGAGAGCACUGACAUGGAGAAGCAGUUAACAGGUACUCUAUUUCUGGCUGUGUGUGCUGCUGCUCUCGGUUCUCUGCAGUACGGAUACGGGAUUGGAGUAAUAAAUGCACCCCAGAAGGUCAUUGUACAGCACUAUUCUCGCUCUCUGGGAUUUCCUGUGGCUGAUGAACACACUAAUGCUACACUACCUAAUGAGGAUGAUGAAGAGGUGCAGACACGGACGUCCGCCCUGACCAUGUACUGGUCCUUAUCUGUGGCCAUGUUUCCUGUUGGAGGAAUUGUCUCAUCCUUCUUGGUGGGAUUUGUCGCUGAUUUCCGAGGAAGGAUUAAAGGCAUGCUGGUGAUGAAUCUUCUCUCCCUGGCUGCGAGUCUCCUCAUGGGUUUGGCUAAAAUGGGAAGUCCUCACGUCAUGGUGAUUACAGGACGAACCCUCAUGGGUUUCUACUGCGGUCUCUCCUCUGGACUUGUUCCCAUGUAUAUCGGUGAAAUUGCCCCGGUGCAGUACCGAGGUGCAUUAGGAACACUGCACCAGCUCGGUGUCGUCACCGGCAUCCUUAUCAGCCAGAUCCUGGGUCUGGACUUCCUGUUAGGAAAUGAUGACAAGUGGCACCUGCUGCUGGGUUUAUCUGGAGUCAUCGCAGUUCUGCAGAGUUUAUUGCUGCCGAUCUGUCCUGAGAGUCCGAGAUACCUGUACAUCAAACUGGGCAAGAAGGAGGAGGCCUGCAGAAGUUUAAAGCGGCUUAAAGGAGAAUAUGACACGUCGAAGGAUAUCGCAGAAAUGCAGAAAGAAAAAGAGGAGGCCAUGAAAGAGGAGAAGAUAUCAAUCUGGAGGCUUGUAAAGGCUCAGCAGUACCGAAAGCAGCUCUUUGUGGCUCUGAUGCUGCAUCUGGCACAACAAUUCUCUGGAAUUAACGCAAUCUUUUAUUACUCCACCGACAUUUUCCAAAGCGCCAGAGUCGCUCAGCCCGUCUACGCUACCAUCGGAGUCGGAGUCGUAAACACCGUCUUCACACUGCUGUCAGUGAUUCUGGUGGACCGGGCCGGUAGAAGAACCCUGAUGCUAAUCGGUUUGUGUGGAAUGUGUUGCUGUGCAGUGGGAGUGACAAUUGGACUUGUUUACCAGAACACCUACUCCUGGAUGAGUUACUUGAGCAUGACAGCCAUUUUUCUGUUCGUGAGCUUCUUUGAAAUCGGACCAGGCCCCAUCCCAUGGUUCAUAGUGGCCGAACUGUUCAGUCAGGGGCCGCGUCCUGCUGCCAUCGCACUCGCCGGCUGCUGCAACUGGACCAGUAACUUCAUCGUCGGCAUGUUUUUCCCUUACAUAGAGCAACUCCUUAAUAUGUAUGUCUUCAUCAUCUUUGUGGUUCUGCUGUUCGUUUUUACUGUGUUCACGUGGUUACGACUUCCUGAGACUAAAGGGAAGACCUUUAAGGAAAUCGCAGCUGUGUUUGAGAAGAAAAGCCCUGCAGCCCAAACCGAGGCAGCGACGGAACUGCAGCAGCUCAAAGGCUCAUCAGAGGCCUGAACAUAUUAAUGCUAACAGUGGUGGCAAUGCUAACAUCCUAAAUGGACCACAGAGGAAAAGAUGAUAAAUGCAGUCAGAAUUAUGUUUCUCCUGGUGUGAAAGAACCAGAGGGCAAGAAAUACAUGCUGAUUAUGCUAAUGCUAAUGUGAAUGCUAAUGCUAUGGAGUCAAACUGAGCCUGUUACUGCCUUGAGAACUUACUGCUAAAAUAAUAUCAUGUACUUUCAUUUUAAUGUUAAUACAGUUUCACGUUUUUACAUCAGGGUAUAUGUAAUAUUGGGCAAUUAUGUGUAUUUCUGUUAAAACAAGUUUAUAUUUCUUGUAUUAUAUGAUUGUUUUAACAGAUAUACAGGUACAGAACUGCCAUGUUUUUUCCCCAAGUGAUGUUAACAUGAUUUUUAGCACAUCAUAAACAGUGACAAUAACAAGUUUAAAAAGAUUUUGUUCAUUAAUGUAACAGUAUUUUUGUGCUUAUUGAAAAUGUCUUUUUUUAAAGAACCCUGCUAAUGAUAAAUAAAAUGUUAGCAUUAGACAUCA